AUGAGGGUCAUUUGUUUUGAUGAGUAUUUUGUCUUCUGUGAAGAAGUUGUCUACAAUACAGAAAUUGUACAUUCAGGAAAAAAUCAGCAUCAGCAUCUUGUUCCUGGCUGUGAGGGGGAUAGACUUGUAACCAGCUUGGAAGAACAAGAAGUGUACAUUAGCAUGGAUAAACCGGAAUUGUACAACCUCGGGUGUGCUACCAUCACGCUGCUGUCCGCCAAACUGGUUGACGAGCUGUGGCCGGUCCUCACGUGGCCGAGGCAGCCGCUGCCGGUGCUGGACAUUGGCUGCGGGCCCGGUGACGUCGCCAGGAAGGUUUUAGCCCCGCGGCUGCCACCAGGUACGAAGCUGGUGGCCUGCGACAUCAGCACAAAGAUGCUGGAGUUCUGCAGGCAGCACAACGCGCUGCCAGGCACCAUCACGUACGAGCAGCUGGACGUGGUUGAGCCCGACCUGGAGAACUCCGCCGUGUGGCAGUACGCGCCCUUCGGCAAGGUGUUCUGUUUGCUGCUGCUGCAUUGGGACGUGGAGAAGUUCGUUUCUCCGUACCAGCACAGUGAGGACCCAGUGAGCGACUUCCGCCAGCUGCUGCAGAGCGAGGGCUACCAGGUGCUGCGCUGCGACGUGGCGCCACAGGUGGUCUUCUUCCCGAGUGAGAUGCAGCGCAGAGAUUUUCUGAAGUCAGUAUGUCCAUUCCUGGACCGAGUUCCGGAAAACCAGAAGGAUAAUUUCUUAGAUGAUUGGCUACAGCGUAUGGAGAAAAUGAAUGGAUUAUCAAAGGACGUUGGAAGCAGUGAAGAGCCGAAAUACUACACCCACUUUAACAUGAUGGUGGCUAUGGCCAGAAAACUGUAA